AGACUGCCACUCUCACUGAAACUAUCGCAAUACAAUUGUGCGGUCAUAACAAGGUUUCACAAUUUAGUUUUUCCACAAACGAGAGAAGCGCCAUAGCUGUUGAAACAACUGACUGCAGAAGAACAUGCUAGCAACAGAAUGGGCUAAGCGCCUAAACGACCUCACCCAUAAGGUCUACGAUAAGGUCUGGCUAAAAAAGGUCUCUGAAGGUACAUACUUGCUACACAAAGCCUUUUUUGUCACUGCGCUUAGCUGGGACUCUGAAAUAUCUCUAGUAACCUUAUAUCUGCUUAAACCCUCCUUAAUCUCCCCCGUACACAAAAGAGUUGGUGCAAUGUAAGAAGUAUUGGUUGAAACAUCUACGACGUUGGUCGCAUUUUAUUGAAUAGUAUUGAGUAUUACUGACAAAACUCGGUUUCGAAUCUCACCCAAUUCGUCCGAACUGUCGCUGGAUUGGCUUUCCAGGUACGGGUAGAAUUAAGUCAAGAAAGCCAGGAAACGCGAACCAAUACCUCUCGAAAUCUUAAACACAAAAAAGAAGAAUGUGCAAACCCUUCGAUAGGCAGUAACCAGAAUGUUGCUAUCACUCAUAGCCAAUUUAUAAAACUAUGACAAUUUCCCUAAUUUCUAGGUAGCCCUCAGGUGGGAGCAAGGUGGAAGCCACACUUGUUGAUAAGAUCGAGAUAGGAUUGUUUGCUCUGCAGCGUGAACGGGUCGCUGUUUAUAGGGUCUCGUAGAAAGGGACUCUUGGAAGAGCAUCGUAAGGUGUUGAUAAAAAUAAGCGUUUCAGCGAAUUCAAUGAGAAUAAUGAUUGCGUGGUAAGAUAAUUCGUUCUUGGUAUGAUUAAAUCGAAUUGAAUCUUCCACGCAUUGCAGGCGAAUUAAGCUUCAAAUACGCAAAGCAAAGUAUAAGUGCUGUUCAUAAAAUCUUACUUUCAUCCAUUUUUUUGGAUAAGAAGUAUUUUAUCAUAUAUAACAGUAAUAUAAAUAGUUUAUAAACUUGCUAAAACGGUUUAAAAACUAGAUAAAAUAGUAUUUUUUAGUAUUUUUUUAGUGGGGCGAAGAGAGUAAAAAAAAAUGUACUUGCUAAAUGUAGUUCAGAAUCUAUUAUCAGCGCACUAUCUACACUAAUCUUAUCAUACCAAACAUUCACGGAAACCUGUCCCUUAAAAGACAGCGCUCAAAAGUUGUGGAAGCUCACAUUACAGCCGACCGCGUAUGUUGAUAGUGUUUGUCCCAAAAAUGGACCAACUGGUGCUCCAGGUUUACAACACGAACCAUCUUUCCCGUGGAACGGCGUUGAUCAUUGCUGAUCAACAGGACCGGCCAGGAUCCGAAAAGGAUCUGGCAGCUGUGGUGGACGUUUUCAAGGGACUAAAAUUUAAGUUGCGAAUGUGCGUCGAUAAAACAAUACAGCAGCUAAGAACCCUGCUCAGUACGGUUGCCAGUGAGGAUCACAAGGACAGUGACUGUCUGCUGCUGGUGGCGAUGGGCCACGGAAGUAAGGAUAAACUCAGAAUCCAAGGACGUGAAAUUUACAUCGAAGAUCUGUGGAUCGAUUUUAUCGGAAGCAAUUGCCCGUCCUUAAUCGGAAAGCCAAAGCUCGUCUUCAUUCAAUGCUGCAGAGGCACAGAUCAUGACACUGGAACUCGCGUCGUCCAAACGGAUGCCACACUGAACGUAGCAGAAGCGGUAAAUGUUUGCGUACCUAUGCAUGCCGAUCUGCUGGUGAUGUACUCGUCGGUCGAAAAUCACGUGUCGUACCGCAGCGAGGAGGAAGGUAGUUGGUUCAUAAAGUACCUGUGCCAAGUGUUACGCAGCAAUAUUGCUGAAACAGACUUACUUUCGUUGUUAACGCACGUGUCGUAUCUGGUGGCAUGCCGUUCGACACCGUCGAACAAAGGACCUUUGAAACAAAUGCCUGUUAUCCAUUCAAUGUUAUCGAAACAAUUUUACCUGGUGCCCAAGUAGCUUUAUUAUGCUUUAUUGUUUAAGAGCCACAAGGUUAGAAAAUGAAUAAACCGGAUUGAAUAUCCUCUCACCCCCGUC